CUGGAGGUGAAGCUGUGAAAUAGAAUCAGUUCUAAAAUGAAUUGCUUUGUUCGAGACAAUUGACCAGAACACAGCUACAAAAUUACAGCAAAGAGGGCGUUUUAUCUACCUGCUAAGCACCAUGUCCAGAUUCCUCGCAAGGAGCACCAGCUUUUUAUUUGAUAGGAGGCUCACACGACCUAAUGCUCAUCGUUUUUACCAUUUAGAUCUCGCUUCAAAGAAAACUGUUGAUAGCAAUCCAAUCCACAAGAUCAAACAAAAGACUGUUCCCAACUCGCUUCCAUCAAACAUAAAUCUGUCCAUCAAUAACAACACUCAUACCAAGAUAUCCCACACCUUAUACAAUGUUCAGCCCAAAAACAGAAAGGAAUUUUUGAAAAAAUGGGAAAACUACAAUAAUCGGUUCAUAUUGAAUUUGAAAUGGUAUCUAAUUAAACAAAACAGACCCUUUAACGUUGACGAUAUAUCAGCAUUUUUUUCAUGGUUUUUGCUAUCAAACAUUCUAUGGAUAAUUCUAGGUACCACCACUUUCUUUUCCUUGAUCCUAUAUCUAAUCAACUACUUGAAUUUACCUAUAUCUGUAAAUUCCAAAAUCAUGAAAUUUAUUGGAAAUUUACUAAUUAAUGGUUACCAUAAUUCAAACAACUUGAUAUUCAAAUUCGACGAACAGGUCAUUACGCCAAACUGGCAGAAAAACAAUUUAUCCUUUAAAAAUGUCUUCAUCAUCUCCAAAAACACAAAGUAUUUUAAUGUCAAUUUCAAUAUAAAAGAACUAAACAUUUCCUUAUCUUUUUCAAAAUGGUAUCAUGGAAAGGGCUUAAUCAACGAUAUUCAAAUAUCCGGGAUGUCUGGUAAUUUCGAAUUACCAAACUCUUUAAUUCAAAAUCAUUACAACUAUAACUAUAAAUAUAAUUAUACUCAUAAUCAUAAUCAUCCUCCAAAUAAUGAUGCUUAUUUGGUUGACUACUUAUUCAAAGACUCAAAUUAUGAAUUUGAAAAAAUUAGUAUAAUAGACUCCUAUAUCAAUGUAUAUGACUCAAGUAAUAGUUCAAAUAAUAACAACAUUAAAAACAAUACUAAUGAGAAUAACGAGAAUAAUGGGGAUAACAAAAAUAAACAGAAUAAAGAGAAUAAAAAUGAAGAUACUUUCAAAAACCUCGGAAACCCAACCAAGAUAUCCUUUUUCAAUUUACAAUUAGACAGAUUAAGACUAAACUGGAUACUAACUGAUUUCUUAAAUUGCAAAUCAUGUUCAGGCUCGAUCAAUGACUCUUUAUUCACUAUCCAUGAAAAACAAUUCAACACCAAUAAAAAUAAUAAAAAUCAAAACAACUUAAAUAACUUAAAUAAUUUAAAUAAUUUAAAUAGUAAUAACAAUAAUAGUAAUAUUAGUAACAAUAGCAAUAGCAAUGUCAAUAGCAAUAUCAAUAAUAUCAAUAAAAAUACCAAUACCAAUACCAGUAACAAUAACAAUAACAAUAUCAAUAUCAAUAUCAACUCUAAUAUCUCUAAAAAUAACUAUGAUAAAACAAUCAGAUUAAGACUAGACUCAAUUGAUUUGAAAACAAAGGGUUUACUAGAGAACAAAUUAAACUGGUUAAUAGAUGGCAAAGCUGACAUAAUAUGUGACAUCUCUUUCCCCUUCAACUACAAUGAAAAGAUAUCUAAUUUCAAAAAGACAAAUAAUGAAAAUUUAAUCAUAUCACUAUUUAAAAAUCAAUUCUUUAAUAAAAUAUUAAAUGAUAAUAAUGCCACCAUUAAUAACCAAACCGCUAUCAACAACAUCAACAAUAAUUUGAUAUAUGACACUGAAAUCAACAUUGAUCUAAAUAUCCAGCUAAACAACCCAAAGGCAAUUCUACCUUCAAACGUACCUAUGACCUCACUAGGUGAACCAUUUGUCACUUUAAAAGAAUUGAAACCCAUUGUGGCAUACAUCAACCAAAAAAGACAAAUCCAAAACAACUUGAACAAUAUUUCAAAAUACGACUCAAACUCGAAUAAUCUGAUAAUCAACACCAACAAUCACAACAACAAACUACUUAGCGACUCUAAUGAAAACCACAGCAAUAACCAGCUAAUAAAUAAAAAGGAUGUCAAUAUCAAUAAACUCAUCAGCCACGAGCUUCCCAUAGUAUCAAUCUCCCUCAAGUAUCCCCUUGGCUCGCUCUACAAAGUGAGUGUGUUGAAAGAAAGUGGACUCAUCGAUAUCAUGUUGAUCAAGUUCUACUACAGCUUGAUCAAAUCCUCCAGUGGUGUAAAAUAACCUGCCCUCCCUUUGUCUGUACUAUCUUUCUCUCCUUCUUCUCUUUGUGUAUUCUUUUGUUCAUACAUCACCCUCUUCUUGUAGCUUAUAUUUAACGACUAUGAACCCAAUAAAUGUCUCACUCUUAUUUCAUUCUUUUUCUUGCCAAAUUGAAACAAAAAACACUGUCCAAUUUCUGAUUUCUCUAUCAAAAAAGGAAAAAAAAACCACAUGUAUCCAUUUAUGAAGAGUUCAAUGGAGCGAAAAUUCCAUUUACAGAG